GUUAAAUGUCCCUUCAAUUGCAGGCGCCUCUGAGCCACAAAAAUGUGUAGAGAUCGAUUCGUAUCAGUCCUCAAAUGGCGCCGCUGACGUUAUGCAGCAUUUUGGGCACUAGAGCUCUCUAUACAUCUCUACGCUCUGAGCGGCACACCUGCAACCAAUUUUAUAUUUUAGUUCUGUGCCAUACAAUCCAGGCAGUUUUAAAGAACCUCUCUACCUUUAUCUGUGCGUCCAAUACUCGAACUAACAUCCAAACAUGAGUGGGGCGAUACAUCCAAUCUGCCUGGCUCUGUGUCUGGCUGGCUGGGCUGUAUCUGGUGCUUCUGUUGAAGCUCAGAAGACCUCCCCAGUCUGUUACCUCUGUAACCAUGAUAACUGCCCAACCGUUGAGUAUGUUUAUGACCAUUUUACUGCUAAUUUGACUCUGUGGUCGCGAGGUAAAAUGGUGGACCUCCCUCCCUGCCCCACCCACUCCCCUCUGUCAUCUGGAGGAUGCUUGGUGUGUGUUGACAACCAGAAGAUCUACGCUGUGUGUGACUCAGAGAUCAUCAAGCCAGUCUUUGAGGGCCAAGGCAACUCCAUGCCUAUCAUCAAAGCCAAUUGCAAAAGCAUUGUUUCAACUGAUUGGACGGAUCCAAAUGUCCCCACUUCCACCCCUGGUGGUACUGGGAGGUUAUCUAAGGAAGAAGAGAUCACUAUUGGCAUUUUAGCUGCUACCCUCUCCUUCCUUGCCAUCCUCGGCAUUGUUGCUUGGCGCUACAAGGACCAGAUUAAGUGUCUUCCAGUGGCCCUUCCAGCGGUCAAAUCAGGGGAACCCCAGUGUUAUCCAAAUGAACUGAAGAAAGAGUUUGAUACCAUCAGCCGAGGAAUAGUUGGACCUGCAGGGAAUAGGGGUGUGCCAAGAUUUGAAUCUCAUUUACAUUUACCCUGUUUAGAAAUGUAUUGGAUAUGUCCUAUUUAAACCUAUGGUGUGUAUUUAAUCUGCAACCAGUGUUCUCUUAGGUUCAGAUGACCUUCAGCUCUAUCAGCCAGGUGGCUGUGUAGCUGUAACACUGUCUCCCCAUCACGUCGGGUUGUUAGUUUAAAAGCUUUAACUCUGCACAUUUACAACAGGCAAGUUUUUAAAAACAGUGCUUCAAACUAAUCAUGGUCUAGAUUGAAGACCAUUAAUAGUCAGUUGAAUCAGUUGUGCUAUAGAUUGUUUACCUAAGCAGCCCAUAUAUUUAUCCCAGAUUGUGAAUACAAUAAGGCAUUAUGUCAUACUGGAGUCAGGGAGGUAAACAGGAAAGCUCUUGUUCUGUUUUGGUAUUAACUGUUCAUAUCCAUAGUGACCCACUUGAAACAAAUAGACAUUUCUGUAUCUAGGUUUGGUGUAAUUGACCUGAUUUGUAAAUCGACCUGUACAGUUGCUCUGUGUUUGGCUGAGAGACUGCUGUGGGAACAACCAUGACACAGAAAACUGGAUUAAAAGUUGAAAUGCUUUCA